AGCGGCUGGGGCUGUUUAGCCUGGAGAAGCGGAGGGCUCAGGGGCACCGUAUCGCUCUCUACAACUGCCUGACAGGAGGGUGUAGUGAGCCGGGGCUGGUUUCUUCCAACGUGCUUGCUCUGAGAGAGGGGAGAUUCCGAUUACAUACUAGAACAAUUUCUUCACUGUUAGGAUGCGCAGGCGUUGGAAUAGGUUGCCCAUGGAGCUGGUGGAGUCGCCCUCCCUGGAGGUGUUUAAGGCGCCUGGAGCUGGCGCCGGAUGAUUUGGGUUAGGGGGCGCAGUGGCCGUGCUGGGUUGACAAUUGGGCAGGGUGGUCUUAAAGGUCACUUCCGACCUUGGUUCUGCGAAAGGUGGUAGGGUCCCAGCCGGGACAGAGAGACUGCGAGUCCCAGGGGGCUGUGCGAGGGGGGGGCGGAGCUCGCGUCUGCGCAGUGGGAGGGCGCCGCCGGGCCUGAAGCAGGGGCUUCAAUGUGUUCAAGACAUAUAUUUGAAAGGUGGGGAACUAGUGGAAGAGUAGCAACUUUUUGAAGAUACACACCUUACCAUAUCUAGAAAUUAAUAAAGGAAACUUCAUCCACACUUCACCAAAAUGCAGCGGAGUCUGUUACAUUCUGCAUCUCAGCUGGCUCAUGGGACGUGUUGGUUCUUCCCUCGCACCGGUGUCUUUCAGUGCUUAAAAGGACAGUCUGUGCUGCCUAAUGUGGGAUGCAAAGUGAUUCUGGCACUGGAUCCUCCUAAACGAUGUCUUCAUGCGGGUGCAGCUCACUUUGCCUCAAAGAAAACUGCUUUUCAAUCACAGCCAGCAAAUACUUCUCACAAAGUACCAGAAGAGAGAAAUUCUUUGCCCUCGGCCAGUGAUGCACCCAAGCAGAGCCCUGCAGAGUCAGAUUCUUCAGAACCUGAUCCAUUACAGGAUAAAUCAAUUAGUCUUGUUCAGAGAUUCAAGAAAACUUUUAAGCAGUAUGGGAAAGUGAUGAUUCCAGUGCACCUUGUGACUUCCAGUGUAUGGUUUGGAUCCUUUUACUAUGCAGCCAUGAAUGGGGUGAAUGUUGUUCCAUUCCUAGAGUUGAUUGGCUUACCAGACAGCGUAGUAGACAUCUUGAAAAAUUCCCAGAGUGGAAAUGCACUAACUGCAUAUGCAUUGUAUAAAAUUGCAACUCCUGCCAGAUACACUGUGACUUUGGGAGGAACGUCUGCCACUGUUAAAUACCUACGGAGGCACGGCUACAUGUCCACACCACCACCUGUAAAGGAAUACCUACAAGACAGGAUGGAGGAAACAAAGGAUAAAAUUACAGAGAAGAUGGGGGAAACAAAGGAUAAAAUUACGGAGAAGAUGGGGGAAACAAAGGAUAAAAUUACAGAGAAGAUGGGAGAAACAAAGGAUAAAAUUACAGAGAAGAUGGAGGAAACAAAGGAUAAAAUUACAGGGAAGAUACAAGAAACCAAAGAUAAAGUUUCAUUUAAAAAAGUAAAGGAGUAAGAGAGAUGCCUAAUUUUUGGAUAUAUGAAACUUAGCACUUUAACUCUUUGUGAGGCAGGAUAUGCAAAGUGCACUUCUGAGCUUUUUUUCUUUUUUUUUUCUUUUAUAUUUUUUACCCUUUGGAGAUGACAAUUGCUACAUGGAUUUAAAGGUUAAAGUUCCUUAGGGAAGAGGUUGUGACCUAAAAGUUUCAAUUUUCAGAAGGAAAAGUGAAUCUCAGAUUAGAAGUUAACAUGUCCCUUGGUAAUAAUGUUAAGAAUUACUCUUCCCUCUUUUUUUCCCACAUCCUCCUCCUCAAAAUGAAGGCGGUUUCUGCCAAGAGCCACUACUCUGUACUUUUCCCAUCACAGUGCACAGCCAUGGUUCCACUAGACUGUGUCUUCCAUUAAAUAAGAAUGAAGAUUUCUCUGUUGGGAAGAGCAGCAUGUUUAGAUUUUUAGAGCACGUGGACCCAAGCCUCUUCAAUCGUGAUCAUCUCUCAAUUUGGAGCAGACCAUUGUCACUGAUACUGCACAUGAAGGAAUUGAUGGAUCAGCUACUCAGCAGGAAUUCAUUACAAUGGUUUCCUUGGCUUCAGCCAGGCUCCUGUGGUUUAUGGGCUGAGACUAUGAAUCUUUCUUGAACAGUGCAUCUCUUCAGAAAUCUCAACUGAAAGCUAUAGGAAGAUGAGUUAAUCACAGUAGCCAUACUGUCAAGUAUACUUUGUUUCCUGAAGUUGAUUUACAGUACGAAGUCAUCAAAAUCAAUAAUUGUAUAUUAAACACUAGGAUUUGUUCAUUGUGUUAAAGUUUACAAACCUGCUCUAUUUCAUUUUUGAAACAAAAAAAACAUUGAAAGAAAAGUUUACUUGAGAAAUUGCUAUAACUAAGGGGCUUUUUAAACACAUGGAAAGUUAGAGUUAAACCCCAAAGUUCCUCCUCCUCCCUCAGUAAAACAAUUUGACUAAAAUCAGCAUGAUUUCUGAGACAGCAAUCACAGUCUACCAAACUUUUUUCCCCUAGAUUAAGUCAAGCGAGCAUUUAUUCAUACCUGAAGGCUGAAAUGCUGUCUCAGAUGUCAUAAAGGACUAAAGUUGAAACUGUCUAUUUGGCUGGGCAAGCAAACUUCUCUCAGUUUUAUUCAAACGUAGGCUGAAUUGAAGUGUGUUUUUCCUAUUUCUACUACAAAUCUCACUUUGUAGCAACUCAGCAUGUGUAAGUUAACAAAGGUGCUUUUUUUCAGGGGGAUAUGGGGAAGCAAUAGAGUUGGACCCUGAGCAUUGCAAUUUACUGGAGUGAAAAAAUAUAGCUGAAGUAUCAGCUCUGCCUCACUGUCCCAUUCUCAUUCAAGUCACUGAGGGCUUCUCUAUGUUUAAGUGAGUUGAACUUCAUUAACUUCAUUAAUUGUGCAGGAUUCAUUACAUACUUCUCUGCUCUGCCCACAUGUUAAAUAGUAACUGCAAUUUAAUGCCUGCCUCACAGGGAUGUUGUGAGGAAUAAUCAUUGUAUAUUCAGUGACCUGAAGAUGUAAAGUGCCAUGUUUCUGAUAAAAAUUAUUAAAAAAAUAUUUCUGUGAACUCUUACACUACUAAGUACUACUGUUGAGGACUAGAGUUAAUAGAUGCUAUUUUGUUUUUCUCUUUUAGUAAGCUUUUUUGUUUUUCUCUUUUAGUAAGCUUUUCCUUACUAUCCCCCUGCACACAGUCUUCUGAUGUUGGCAUUUCUUCUGAUUUCCCACUUUUUUUUUCCCAUGGGCAGUGUUACCCAUGUCCUGCAGGACCCUGCAAAGCCCAAAGUGUGCCCCAGUAACAUUGCAUGUCACUCUCAGUCUGGGGCCACAUAUGGGACCCUGUCAGUGCAACUCAGAGUAUUCAUCUCUUUACACAUGGCAGGGAUUGCACAGGGGGACCUUGGUGUCCUAGGAUGAGUUUUUAGCCCUUAGACAUGUUAGAACUUGUUCAUUACACCACCUCUUCUUGCCCUUCCCCUUGCCCAGCUGGCCUGUGACCACUCCAGUGUUUAUUGACCCAUCUGUACUAAUACUAAGUACAAAAGCUGAUUGUCUUGGAGUUGACUGUCCUGUGUGAUCAUUUCUGCAGCUGCAGGAACAGCUCACAGGGACUCUUGCCAAGUGCCUCCUCUGUGGUCAAUUUUGCAGCACGGAGAAGCUUGAGGAGUUUCUGGGACAACCACUUCCUCCACCCAGCAUGUCAAUUGACAAAGCACAGAGUUACAUGGAUCCAUUUAUACAAAGUGAGCAGGGAAAUCUUCAAGACUUUGGAAGUCUGACCUGGAGAGCUUUUGUAAGAAUUAGUCACAUACUUAAUGACCUUGUCUCAAAUUGCUUUAUAUGGAACCUCUGCCUCUAGUGCAGAGAGCACCUGGGCUGCCCAGAGAAUGAAUGUAAGGCCACUUGGUGCCCAGCAGGUACGCAGCUAUUCUGCAGUUCUAACUCAGCUAAAGUUGACUUUCAUCCUGUAUCUCACUCAUAAAUUAUCUUGCCAUGAUACUAAAGUGCAGUUCUUGUUAGUGACAGCCUUAGCGUGAGUCUGCAUGGCUGGCAGCCAGGGGCCACCACCCUUUGAAGAGGCAGUGUGCCUGCACUCUGCUAGCAGGCUAGGGCAAGCAAGGGGCACCUGGGGACAGCGUCUCCUUCUGGUACCCAGGCCAGCACAGUUGGCACGUUCAUGUGGCAGCAGUGUCCCUUAAGGUGGAACAGCAUCAGUGAUUGCCUUCAGCAGCAGAGAAGGACAGGGGAGCAGGUGCCAGGGCCUGGGAAAGCAGUUUGGCCACAGCACCAAGAGGCCCUGAGGCAGCCCACAAGUGACCAAGCAAGGGAGAGCCCAGCGAGUGCCAGGAGUCCUUGGUGAGAUGAAAAGCCCAGAGAGAAGCCCAGUAGCACCUUCCAUUGCCCAUAGGACCAUUCAGUCAGUGCUGUCAGGGCUUGCCUUUUUACCUCUCACUGUUGAGCAUCCUCAUGGGAAAGGGCUGUCCCUUCAGGCUCUAGAGGGUGGGUGGGGGUGUGGGUCCCUCCACCUCUGCAAAGCUUCAGAAAUCUGGUGAGAUCAGGACUGAGGCAUCCACCACUACAUGUACAGCAUGUACAUAUACACCACUACAUGUACAGCAGGGAAAUGGCUGCUUUGGCAACCUCUCCCACUGCUGUCUGCUCCCAGCUCACAUAUAACACCACUGCACAGCAUCACCAAGUCACAACCUGCAACAGGGCUGGACCUGAAACUGGGACAGUGCUCAACUGUAAGCCUGAGCAGGCUGGGCCUGCAAUUGGGCAUCCCAAGAUGAGUCCAGAGUACAUGCUGUGAUCAAAGCAGGGAAUCUGUGCCAAAACUGGGGCCCCAGGAUGGAACUGGAGUAGAUGUUAAGGUCCAAGUAGGGGGGCUGAUCUGAAAUCACAUCCCAAGAUGUGACUGGAGCUGAAGCUGCAAACCAGUGCAGAGCCAAAUCCAACAUCGCAACUCACUACUUGGCUCGGGCCUAAGUUGCUGCUCAGGAUGGGGAAGAGACAAAUUCAAAGCCCAAGCACUGUCAGAGCUAAAAUUGCAGCUAAAGGUGGGCCCAGAGUCAAGAUAACAUCCCUACUGGGACUGGAACAAAAAUCAUGGCCCAGUAUCAGGACAGAACAGCAAUCACCACCUGAGAUAGUGCCAGAGCCAAAAAAUUCAUAACCCAAGAUGGGCUGGAACCAAAGCCAUGGCCAGAGGUAGGGACCAGAGCCUACACUGCUGCCCAGACUGCUGUGGCACUCACUGUCUGAGCAUGGACCAGAGCCAAAUUUGAGUUGGAGACAAGUAGUGGUCCAAGACAGGGCAGGAACUGGAGAUGAAGUUUUAGCUCUCAGAUUUUUCAGAUUCUAUACUGCAUUAGUAUAUAACUCUGAACUUCAUAUAAAGUGUUUGCAUGUUCUCUUCACAGCUGAAACAAAACAAUCCUUUUCCAGACUGUGAACCAAGGUCACCAGGCUCUUGGACUGCCCAAGGUGUAACCUUUGAAGGCCUUUCUAAUAAAUACCUACUUUAUUUCUCUUA